AAACAAUUGAGCAUGGAGCAGGACAAUAGUGUCUAAAUGAAAUUAAUUUAGAAAAAAAAUAUGAUUAAUUUUAAAUUUAAGGACGUCAUCAAAGAAAACAUAUCAUGAAUGAUCCAUUCGAAGAAGAUAUUUCGUGGGAUUCUUUCGUUAAGCAGUAUUAUUGGUUACUUGUUGUUGUUGUUGCAGUUUUUGUAUUUGUGCUUGGAAUUUUGUUUUGGUACAUUAGACGGUGUAGAAGAGAGCCAAGAUAUGAAUAUACAGCUCUGGCAGAUGAAUCAUUUUUACAAGAUCGAUUGGAAAUGGAUCGGAAGCUUCAUAAGGAUUCGGACAGAAAUAUGUCCACAAUACGCUGUCAGUAUUACUUGAGAGGUUCUAAUCGUUAUGUGUUUCUGCAUCAUUUACCAGAUAUAGGUAGUCGAGUGGAUAAAAACUGGUUUCUUGUUAGAGAUACGGAAACAAAAACAGAACGUUUAUUGACAAUGACUCCAAUAUCAGAAACAUGUCCUUUCAGAUAUAAUGCAGAAACAAAACAAGUUUUAACUGAAAUAUUUUCAGCUCUUCAGCAUCCUUACAUUUAUCCUGUACUUGACAUAGACAGAACAAUUGUUAUGGAACAAGAUUACAUAAUUGCUGUUUUACCUUUUAAUGAAGAAGGUACAAUGAAAGAUGUAAUAUACCAAAGUCAUUGCCAAGAUGACUGGAAAGACAAGUAUCAAUUUCAUGGACAUGGACUUGGUGCAUCUCAAAUUCAGAGGCUGGGAGCACAAGUACUGGAAGCUCUUUUGUUUUUGAAGGAUCAAAGAUUUCCACCAUUUUUGCAUUUGCAUUCUGGAAAUAUUAUUGUUCAAAAUGGAGCUGCAAGGAUAUCUGGAUUGGAGAACACUCUUUUGGGUUUCACUUCUCGAAUUCAGUCAUUAAUACCAAAAAGAUUGCAUGACAACAAAGAAGCUGCUGAAGUACUAUCCUUUGGUCAUCUUUUGUUUGAAAUGGCUUCCGGGUAUGAGCUUACAUCUUCCCAGCCUUCUGAAAAGAAUUAUAAAGAUGUUGAAAACAAACCUCUUGUUAUGGAUGUUUUAAGAUUUAUAUUUGAACAAGGACGUUAUCGUUACCCUUCGUUACAACAAGUGGCUAGUCUGGAAUUUUUUCGCCACAUUGAUUUGAGGGAACUUAGAGCCUUGACACCUGUGGCUGCUAUUAAAGCAAAAUUAAGUCCAGCUGCACGAUCAAUAUUAAAAGAUGUCAGAAGGCACCAGAAAGUUAGAAGAUGCAGCAGCAAACGCUCCCAAUCAAUGCCUGCUAUAGAAGUAGAGUCACAGGAUGGCAGAGAAAGUAGAAGUUCAGGUAGUAGUAACAGGGCUUCAAAAAAGAAAAAGAAGAGAGCUCUGACUUCUUCCGAGACCAUAGCAGGAGAAUUGAAUGCUGGUUCUCAGUUACAAUCUAUGCCUUUUCAUGAUGUUGAAGGAUCACUUGUUUCAACUGCCACUACUUCUCACUCAGGUUCUGCUGAUUAUUUUACUCCUCCUACAACACCUCAACCUGUACCUAAGCCUCAAGUUAGUCAAGCACAUGCUCUUUUAUUGCAAGAAAUACAAACUGGUUUUAAACUGAAGAAAACUUCAAAGUUAAAUGAUCCUGAAGUUUAAAUUAUGCAAUGAAUAUUUUUUGGUCAUGAAUUAUAAGCAACUAUUAAAGCCCUCAAUAUCCUGGUGGGCUAAGUUUCUAUAUAAGAACACGAAAAAGAAUGUUAGAAUAAAAAUUUAUGAGUACUAAAACUAGAGAGAGGAAUUUGAUUUUGAAGUAUUGCAAGAUAAUUGAAGAAUUUAUCAUCUGAAAGGAAUUGUAAAGGCUUCUUCAUGGCACUGAAGACAAUACUGAAAAUAGUCAAAAUGAUAAAAUCAAAUCUGAUAAGAUAAUGAACUUGUUACUGUAUUUUCUUUUGUGCGCAUCUAUUAUUGUACGCCAAUCUUAUUUUUUCAAAAUGAAAAUUCAGGAAAUUUUAUUAAUUUGGUCUUAAUUUGUAAUUUUUUUAAAGAUUAAAAAAAUUCCUUUUCUAAAAAGUGUUGGUUGCAAGACAAAAUUUUGUAUUUUUUUUUACAUUUAUGAAAUUUAUUUGUUGUAAUUUUACCUUUUCAUGAUUAAUUUUCUCAUAAGUGCAAACAUUCCAUUUGUUGUGAUAAAAGCAUCUAUUUAAUUUUGAUAUUUUUUACAUUAAAAACAAACUUUUUUUUUGAUGGAUAUCAAAGUUUAAAUUGAAAAAAAUCUUUAUUUUUGAACAUUGAAUUGAAUUAUUACAUGUGUUCGUACUACACUAAUGUUUUUAAAAAAAUCAUUAUAUAUAGUGUAUUUUUGUGAUCAAUUUGUUGGUUCCAUUUGCAACAACUCCAUUCUUUUUAACGACUAAUACUGUUUGGUUUCUGCAUUCAAAGCAGCAUAAUAAUAUUAUGUUUUAAAAUGUUUAAAAAAAAAGUUCUUGGUAUUCUACAUUAUUUUUCUUUGUUAAAUACUAAGUUCUGUUAAAAGGCUAGGGCAUAUUAAUAAAAUUAUUAUUUCUUGAAAGAACAUUUUCAUUAUAAAAAAAAAAAAAAAACUCAUUUUUUUAAAUCUGAAGUUUGUGCUAAAAUUAAAGAAAAAAAAACCUUAUCAAAAUUUAAACAGGGAGAAAUAUUUAUUAAUGUCUUAUUACUUAAUUGUAGAUAAGUAUUCUUCACUAUUAAACAAGUGCCUGGAAUGAAAAGAACUUUUCAAGAUGUAUACAUUAAAUAUAAAAUGUUAAAAAUGAUCACUGAGCAGACAUUGGUUUAUAACUGGACAUGCUGCAUAUUUAUUGCAUUAGAUGGGCUGAAUUUUUCAAUUUUGCCAUUUCCUGUUCAUUUAAAAUCCUAUACGAGUAUUAUCAAAGAUAUUUUAGAAAUUUGAAUAUAUUAUGGACUUAUCUUCGCCUUCAAGGCGUUAAAAAUCAUAAAGAUCAAUAGAUCAACCUUUUCCGAAUGGAAAACUGGGAAAGCUUUCCCCCUUGCAUUCGUGAAAUUAAUGUUGUGUGACACCUUCUCAUUAACAAGAUGAUGGCUGUCACAUCCAAUCCAGAAAAACAAUGAGCACACAUUAAUACAGAAAACUAUCAAUCUAGAAAAAGGGGAAAGAAGUUCUCACGACAUACAUCCUAAGCCCAUGGUUGGUGAGAGUACAUUGUCUCACCCAUAAAAUUAAAGUUAACAGAUUUCAAAACAAAUGUAAAUAAUAUUUAUUUAAUAGGUCUUGAUCCUCAUACAUCUAUUCUGUAACAUUUAUUGUUUGAGUGUUUUGUCUAAUCUCAUUUGAUUUCUUAUAUUUAAAGCUAAAUAUUUUAAUAACUUCCUUAGCCCCAUUUCAUUUCAAGGAUUUCUAUUGUGUAUUUGUUCCUCUGAAGUUCUUAUUAUUUUCAAAAACAUCUUUUUGCGAACAAUAUUUCUCCCCAGUAGGUAAUUGUAUCUAAAAGUAUUUCAGUCUAACAUUGAUAUCAAACACUUCAUAGCAUUCAGUUACUACUUUGUUAUGAUGUCUACCAAUAUACAUCAUUUUUUAGUAUGAAUUAUAUCCAUUCAAUGUUUUUUUUUAGAAUGAACAAAAUACUUCUCAGCAAUUAAUAUGGGCCAUUUCAUGAAAAAGUCAACCCAUUGUCCCGCACAUAACGGUUCAUAUAUUUCAUUAAAAAGUAAUGAUUUUAAAGGGUAAUGACGAAAUUUUUGCUUAAGAAAUCACAUGUAAAUUUGUAAUUUAUUAAGCAGAAAAAAUUUGUUCAUUAAUAAUUUAAAGUUUCAUUUUUAAUGAACUGUAUGAGGCGUUACAUGCAGGACAAAAUGACAGUUUUCCGUGGAAUGGCCAUGUCAUUCUGUAUUAAAUCAAUUAUAUGAAAUAUCCUAUUAAUUUUGGGUAAUGUGGAAAAAAUAUUUGCUUGUUUACGGAAAGUAUUUGCAUCGUUGAGUGAGCAUCUAUUUUUUGUGAUUCUUCCUAUUAUUUAUUUCAUUUAAAAUACAUACAGGGACAGAUUAAAAAAAAUCAAUUUGGAGAGAGAAACAAAAAGUAAGAAUGGUUCUCCCGCAAAGUAUUUUUUAAAUGGUUUUUGGGAUCCCUCAAAAUAAAUUUUGAAGGAAAAAAACUAAAAGCACUAAUUUACUUCUAAUGAGGAUGUACAUCCUAAAAACAUUUUUAACCAAUAAAAUCCUAAAUAAUUCCACCAAAUGCCAUAAUAAUGAGAAACUUAUGUCAUAAUGAGAAUAACACAAGGACUCUAAGUCAAUAGACUCUUAACCGUUAUGGUUGGCUUUUUAAUAUUGAUUUAUACUUUCUUCAUAGGGUAAAAGUUAAUCCCUGCUUGGUUUAUUUGAUUACAAUGUAAUAACAAUGAUGAUGAUACCCUUCCACAAGCAAAUAUGUUAUACUGCUGAAAACCGCCAAAAUGUUAGAAAAAAGGAAAUCGUUUGUACUUCUGAUUUUUCAACAAUGAAAAUGGUCAGUAGAACAUAUCAUAAUUCUUUUUCACCACAGGGAAACAAAAUACUGUUUCCCUUGUUUCAUGCAUUAGGGCUAAGCAUAUGAAUUUCCUAAGAACAAGAGUAAAUCUAAAAAUUAUUUCAUGAAAAAGAGGAGCAAAAAAUAAGACUAAUUGAAAUGUUGAAAUAAAAAACAAAAUUGCAAAAGGUGGAGAGUUGCAGAACCAGAUUUUUAUACCUCAUGUUAUGAAUGGUAUUUUAUCCAUUGAAAUUUACUUAAACUACUUUUGGAAAUUGAAAGUAAUACAAUAUAACCUCGAUUUAAUGAUUGUCAAGGGACUGGAAAAAGUUUUUGUUAAAUAGAGGAUAUCGUUAAAUCGAGGAGCAUAGACAUUUAAUGCAGUCAAAUACGGACCAGUGUUAUGUAUCAUUAAAUAGAGGAAAUUGUUACAUUGAAGUUAUACUGUAUACUAUUCUAUGAAUUCAGUGCGUUGUAGUUCCAUAAAUCACUGUUCAAAUAGGGACAAAAGAAUUUUAUCUUGUAACAAGAAGCUAUGGCAGUGUAUAAUUAUCAGGAGUAAAAUCAUUGCUAGCAAGCCAAAGCUAAAGACAAACAAACAUCAACUACAGAUAAGAGUGAUUUGAGUAAAAAGAUCCAUAACAUAUGUUAAUGGACGAACUUACAUGCUGAAGUUUUAAAAAUGUCUUGAAGAUUUUUGUAGUUUAUAAUGUUUCAGAAAUUAGAUUUUCAGGCUUGAAAGAGAUUAACCUACAUUUUUGUUUAAUAUGUCUUAAUUUAAGGGAAGUUGAUAAGAAUUUAACAUGAAUGCUUGCUUUCAUCUUGUCUUUAAGCUGGCUAAUUAAGGUGCUAAUACAUAAAAAAUUCUGCUCACUUUCCACUUAUUAAAUAUUAUGAACUUAAUACAGCUAAAAACUGAAGAGAGUUUUUCUUAGCCUAAAUGAAUUAUGUGUUUUCUUCAUCUUUCACAUAAAAAGCAUUUGGAUACACAAUCUUGAAAAGAUUAACUUUAAUUUUCCAUCAUUUCUUUUUGUGUGUGUUUCUUUGUUAUAGAGUCAUGACGCAUUUAAAAGAUUUUUUACUUAUUCAACUUUGAUUUUGAUAUGUGUUUGCUUUGUUUUACAAUGCUUAAUUUUUCAUGUGUUAUCUUUUGUUGUAAUGAAUUAUAUUUUUUAGAACUUUCUUUCCCGGUUGUUUUAAAUAGUGUAACAUGAACUCAAUUAGUUUUCUAUUUUUAAGUAUUUUGAGAUUUUUACAAAAUGUACAAUUGUUGACUUGUUAGCAAUAAAUCAAUUGUUGAA